AUGGCGCGGCCCCGGCGAGCCCGCGAGCCGCUGCUGCUGGCGCCGCUGGCGCUGGCGUGGCUGGCGCAGGCGGGGCUGGCGCGCGCCGCGGGCUCGGUGCGCCUGGCGGGCGGCCUCACGCUGGGCGGCCUGUUCCCCGUGCACGCGCGCGGCGCGGCGGGCCGGGCGUGCGGGCCGCUGAAGAAGGAGCAGGGCGUGCACCGGCUCGAGGCCAUGCUGUACGCGCUGGACCGCGUGAACGCCGACCCCGCGCUGCUGCCCGGCGUGCGCCUGGGCGCGCGGCUGCUGGACACCUGCUCGCGGGACACGUACGCGCUGGAGCAGGCGCUGAGCUUCGUGCAGGCGCUGAUCCGCGGCCGCGGCGACGGCGACGAGGCGGGCGUGCGCUGCCCCGGGGGCGCCCCCCCUCUGCGCGCCGCGCCCCCCGAGCGCGUCGUGGCCGUCGUGGGCGCCUCGGCCAGCUCCGUCUCCAUCAUGGUCGCCAACGUGCUGCGCCUGUUUGCGAUACCCCAGAUCAGCUACGCCUCCACGGCCCCAGAGCUCAGCGACUCCACACGCUACGACUUCUUCUCUCGGGUGGUGCCGCCGGACUCCUACCAGGCCCAGGCCAUGGUGGACAUCGUGCGGGCACUGGGAUGGAACUACGUGUCCACGCUGGCCUCAGAGGGCAACUACGGCGAGAGUGGGGUUGAGGCCUUUGUGCAAAUCUCCCGCGAGGCCGGGGGCGUGUGUAUCGCCCAGUCCAUCAAGAUUCCCAGGGAACCGAAGCCGGGAGAAUUCAAUAAGGUCAUCAGGAGACUCAUGGAGACGCCCAACGCCCGGGGCAUCAUCAUCUUUGCCAACGAGGAUGACAUCAGGCGCGUCCUGGAGGCAGCACGCCAGGCCAACCUGACAGGACACUUCCUGUGGGUCGGCUCAGACAGCUGGGGAGCCAAGACCUCGCCCAUCCUGAGCCUGGAGGACGUGGCCGUGGGCGCCAUCACCAUCCUGCCCAAGAGGGCCUCCAUCGAUGGAUUUGACCAGUACUUCAUGACUCGUUCCCUGGAGAACAACCGCAGGAACAUUUGGUUUGCCGAGUUCUGGGAGGAGAAUUUUAACUGCAAGCUGACCAGUUCAGGUACCCAGUCAGACGAUUCCACCCGCAAGUGCACAGGCGAGGAACGCAUCGGCCGGGACUCCACCUACGAGCAGGAGGGCAAGGUGCAGUUUGUGAUCGACGCCGUGUACGCCAUCGCCCACGCCCUCCACGGCAUGCACCAGGCGCUCUGCCCCGGCCACGCGGGCCUGUGCCCGGCGAUGGAGCCCACUGAUGGGCGCACGCUGCUGCGGUAUAUUCGAGCCGUGCGCUUCAAUGGCAGCGCGGGAACGCCCGUGAUGUUCAACGAGAACGGAGAUGCACCCGGGCGGUACGACAUCUUCCAGUUCCAGGCCGCCAACGGCAGUGCCAGCAGCGGCGGGUACCAGGCGGUGGGCCAGUGGGCGGAGGCCCUCCGACUAGACGUGGAGGCCCUGCAGUGGUCAGGCGACUCCCAGGAGGUACCCUCGUCUCAGUGCAGCCUCCCCUGUGGGCCGGGUGAGCGGAAGAAGAUGGUGAAGGGCGUCCCCUGCUGUUGGCACUGCGAGGCCUGCGACGGGUACCGCUUCCAGGCGGACGAGUUCACCUGCGAGGCCUGUCCUGGGGACAUGAGGCCCACGCCCAACCACACCGGCUGCCGCCCCACGCCUGUGGUCCGCCUGACCUGGUCCUCCCCCUGGGCGGCCCCACCCCUCCUCCUGGCCGUGCUGGGCAUCAUGGCCACCACCACGGUGGUGGCCACCUUCGUGCGGCACAACGACACACCCAUCGUCCGGGCCUCUGGCCGUGAGCUCAGCUACGUGCUCCUCACUGGCAUCUUUCUCAUCUACGCCAUCACCUUCCUCAUGGUGGCAGAGCCUGGGGACGCAGUCUGCGCUGCCCGCAGGCUCUUCCUGGGCCUGGGCACCACCCUCAGCUACUCUGCCCUGCUGACCAAGACCAACCGGAUCUACCGCAUCUUCGAGCAGGGCAAGCGCUCCGUCACGCCCCCGCCCUUCAUCAGCCCCACAUCGCAGCUGGUCAUCACCUUCAGCCUCACCUCCCUGCAGGUGGUGGGGGUGAUAGCAUGGCUGGGGGCCAAGCCCCCACACAGUGUCAUUGACUACGAAGAGCAGCGGACAGUGGACCCGGAGCAGGCCAGAGGGGUGCUCAAGUGUGACAUGUCGGAUCUGUCCCUGAUCGGCUGCCUGGGCUACAGCCUCCUGCUUAUGGUCACGUGCACCGUGUAUGCCAUCAAGGCCCGCGGCGUGCCCGAGACCUUCAAUGAGGCCAAGCCCAUUGGCUUCACCAUGUACACCACCUGCAUCAUCUGGCUGGCUUUUGUGCCCAUCUUCUUCGGCACCGCCCAGUCCGCUGAAAAGAUCUACAUCCAAACAACCACACUGACCGUGUCCUUGAGCCUGAGUGCAUCGGUGUCCCUUGGCAUGCUCUACGUACCCAAAACCUACGUCAUCCUGUUCCAUCCGGAGCAGAACGUGCAGAAGCGGAAGCGGAGCCUCAAGACAACCUCCACGGUGGUGGCCCCUGCGAAGGGCGAGGGCGCAGAGGACCCCAAGUAG